UCCCGGGGCGGCGGCGGUGGCAGCGGUGGUGGCAGCGGUGGCGGCGGUGGCGGUGGUGGCGGCGGCGGCGGGGAGCGCCGAUGGCGCGGGGGGGGGGGGCGCCGGUGGCCGCCGCUGCGCAGCCGGUUGCACGGUCUGCGGCACAUGUGCUCGCGGCGGGCGGCGCUGCCGCGGAGAGCGCUCUGGGUCCUGGCCUUCUGCACGGCGCUGGGCUUGCUGCUCUCCUGGUCCUCCAACCGCCUGCUCCACUGGCUCUCCUUCCCCUCGCACACCCAGGUGCGCACCAAGUGGAGCCGCCAGCUGCCCUUCCCCGCCGUCACCCUCUGCAACAACAACCCCCUGCGCUUCCCCCGCCUCUCCAAGGGGGAUCUUUACUACGCGGGGCACUGGUUGGGUUUGUUGCUGCCCAACCGGACCGCCCGCCCGCUGCUCACCGAGCUGCUGCGGGGUGACGAGGCGCGGCUCCGCUGGUUCGCCAAGCUGGCCGAUUUUCGCCUCUUUUUACCCCCCCGGCACUACGAGGGGAUCAGCGCUGACUUCAUGGACCGCCUGGGCCAUCAGCUGGAGGACAUGCUGCUGUCCUGCAAGUACCGCGGCGAGCUCUGCGGGCCCCACAACUUCUCCGCGGUGUUUACAAAGUAUGGGAAGUGCUACAUGUUCAACUCAGGAGAAGAAGGACGACCUCUGCUGACCACGGUGAAGGGAGGGACAGGCAAUGGGCUGGAGAUCAUGCUGGACAUACAGCAGGAUGAGUACCUGCCAAUCUGGGGAGAGACAGAGGAGACAACAUUUGAGGCUGGAGUCAAAGUGCAGAUCCACAGCCAGUCUGAGCCACCCUUUGUGCAGGAGCUGGGGUUUGGGGUGGCCCCUGGAUUCCAGACCUUUGUGGCCACCCAAGAGCAAAGGCUCACCUACCUGCCUCCGCCCUGGGGCGAGUGCCGCUCGUCGGACCUGGGCUUAGACUUCUUUCCCGUUUACAGCAUCACAGCCUGCAGGAUCGACUGUGAGACUCGGUACAUCGUGGAGAACUGCAACUGCAGGAUGGUGCACAUGCCAGGGGAUGCUCCCUUCUGCACCCCGGAGCAGUACAAGGAGUGUGCAGAGCCUGCUCUUGGUUUGCUUGCUGAGAAGGACAGCAAUUACUGCAUCUGCAGGACACCCUGCAACCUGACCAGGUACAACAAAGAGCUCUCCAUGGUCAAGAUCCCCAGCAAGACCUCGGCCAAGUACCUGGAGAAGAAAUUCAACAAGUCAGAAAAGUACAUCUCAGAGAAUAUUCUUGUGCUGGACAUAUUUUUUGAAGCACUCAACUAUGAGACAAUUGAGCAGAAGAAAGCCUAUGAAGUGGCAGCCUUACUUGGUGACAUUGGAGGCCAGAUGGGGCUGUUCAUCGGUGCUAGCAUCCUCACCAUCCUGGAGCUCUUUGAUUAUAUCUAUGAGCUCAUCAAGGAGAAAUUAUUAGACCUGCUUGGAAAGGAGGAAGAGGAAGGGAGCCAUGAUGAAAACGUGAGCACUUGUGACCCCAUGCCAAACCAUUCGGAAACCAUCAGCCACACUGUGACGGUGCCGCUGCAGGCAGCCCUGGGGACGCUGGAGGAGAUCGCCUGCUGACAGCCCCCCGCCCC